AUGGCAUCUAAUUUUGAAUCAUCAAUUCAUAGGGGCUGUGACUUCAUACAUGAUUAUUCCUGCUCUCCGUGUGAAGAGAACGGAUAUAACACAGAAGCUCAACAUUAUUGUACUCAAUGCACAAAACAUUACUGCCAAGACUGUGUUUCAAAACAUAACGGAUUAUAUCAGAAGCACGCGCUGCUCAGCCGGAAGGACGUGGAGAAAUGGGAGGCAGCCCCAGGGGUGGUGGACGCCCUGGAGAGAUGCGAGAUGCAUCCCGGGGAGGCGCUGAAGCUGGUAUGUUGUGACCAUGACCAGCUGUGUUGUUCUGUGUGCGUCGCCGUGGAACACAGACAAUGCCCCAAAAUCUACCCCAUUCCAGAUGGAAAAGGAAUUCAGAGAAGUAUUGAGUUUCAACAAGUACCAAAGAAGAUGGCUGAACUGCAAAAGCAGCUUGAGAAGAUGAAAGAAGCACGAAUGAAGAAUACGAUGUCUCUGAAAAAGACGAGGGCAGCCAUUUCUGAUGAAAUUAAAACCAUAGGUAAAAAGAUCAACGAAAUCCUUGACAAGAUUGAGAAGACAGUUUUUAAAGAUUUGGACGGAAUGAUAGCUAAACUUGAAAACAAUAUAAUGAGAGAUAUUGAAACUUGUGAUACAAUGACUAUCAAACUGCAAAACAUGAUUGCCGCUUUUCAAACCAAAGCAAAAUCAAGCGAGUCAAAAUCGUAUAUUGCGUACAGAAAGAGCCAUAAUAUGAUUUUACAGGCAGACGAACAUGUUCGCGGCAUAUCAACCAUUGAGUGUUACAAUGUAACAUUUCAAGCCAAUAACCUUAUCGAAGAACUUUUAUCUUCAAUGAAGACUUUUGGAGCGAUUGAAGAACAAACUGUUAUGACCAAACAGCGUAAAGAUCCCAAUUCCGAUCCAAAUCAUGUCAUCAGUGUUUCAGAGUACAAGAAGUACAAUGUGAAGAUGAGUGAUGACGAAUAUCAAUGUGAGAUCUUUGGCAUAUGUGAAAUGCCUACUGGAGAUUUUGUCCUAGCAGACGGGAAAAAUUGUGAAUUGAAGCUCCUGGACAAGGACUACAGGGAGCUCGACCACUAUGAUGUCCCUGAAAUACCAUGGGACGUGUGCCACAUUGAAGGAAAUGAAGUGGCCGUUUGUGUUUGCAACAAUGCUUAUAGAAAAGGACUUUAUUUCAUUAAUGCUGCGAAAGGGGAUUUCGUAACUACGAGGAAGUUAAGCUUCGACCAUGAUUGUAUUGCCGCAGCUCAUCAUGGAGGCCAGCUUUACAUCUCCUCUGGUACCGCCCUGUACGUCUACACGAUGACGGGACAGAAGGUGAAGAUGCUGUACGAGGACAAAUCUGAUAGUAGGACGGUUAGAAAAUGUGCCAUUAGCAACGACGGAAAGAAAAUCUACAUCACAAACAACAUUGGAGAUCAACUGAUCACCGUGGACAGCAUUGGCACCAAGCUAGCGCAACUCACCGAUCCUGACAUGAAAAAACCUACCGGAGUUCAAGUGACACCUGCUGGACACGUGUUUGUAUGCUGCCUUGGCUCCGACAUAGUGAUGCAGGUUGACAAAGACGGGAAGAAGAAGUUGGCUACCCUGGCAAGGGAAAGGGACGGAGUGUAUGGACCGCAUGGUUUAUUUUUCAGCAGCCGCACGUCCUCUUUGAUUGUUGGUGGAGUGAAAUGCACACUUCUUGUUAUCAGGUUAAUUUAAUACCAUCAACUAUCAAUGUGUGAUUUGGUACUAUCGAACUUAGAUCUUGGACCUUACUGUUGCAAAGUUCAUUGUAAUAUUGGCAUACAUAAGUGUUGUGUUUAGACCACUGGCUAUCAGUUAUAUGAUUUGAAUCCAAAAGCUGCUUGUAAAUACUUAAAUUGUAUCACAUUUGGGCCUAUUUUAUAUGACACAUACCACUUUUGACAUUAUGUUCUUUUUGACGAAUGACAAAGGUUCAAUAUUCGUGUACAGUGUAUAUACAUUUUGCCUAUAA